GAGGAGAAGGAGGGAGGGAGGGGCGGUUGGAGGGCCAGCGAUGGCGGCUCCAGAGCAACCGGAGGCUGAGAUAGAGGAGGCUGGACAGGUGUUCCUCUUGCUGAAGAAGAACUAUCGAAUUUCACGUAAUGUGCGACUAGCUUGGUUUCUCGGUCGUUUGCAUCAGGUUGUCUGCUCGAUGUCUGAAGCUGAAUUGGCAAAGUCAGACAGUGAGUUAGAUAUUCUCAGCAUUCUACCAAACAGCUGGCAACCUGAUGAGCCUUUGCCAACUAAGCCGUACCUCCUGGUGCCUUCAACACAUGUCACUUUCCUUGCACACCGGUACCGUUUUGUGAUUGAACUGGAUUUGAGUCCAUCUACAGGGAUUGUAGAUGACUCUCCUGGGGAGAUAAUUUUUGAUGAAGUGUUCUAUGCACUCUCAAGGUGUUUAGGAGGAUUGUUAAAGCCCUUUAGAAUCCCAGGUUCUGAUAUUAUAUUCCAACCUGAGAUUUUCAUCACUAUCCAAGCAUAUUCUUCUAUCAUUAGCCUACAGAUGCAUCAGGUAAUACUUAUAUCUUCAGUUUUGAGAUGUUUAUGCGAAAUGCUUAAACUGUUUAGAGUUAAAAUGACUUGUUGCCAAGGAAUAAGACGAUGAACUGUAAUCUCCAGCAUAUAAAAUGGACUAGGUAUCCUGAAUUACUUGUGGGCAUUUUGGACUGCAUUUUCUAUAAUCUAUAACAUUGACAGUAUUCAGUAUGUUUUAUGAAAAAAACAUAGUCUAAAAUAUUUGAUGUCAGGUUGCCUGCCUGUG